AUGGCAGUAUCAAACAUGGUCUUUUCCGAUGUUGAAAGUUUCCUGGACAGUCACCCAGAGUUACUUGAAGACUAUCUGAACAGGAAAGGUAAAUACAGUUUGGUGGAAAAAUGGCUCAAGAAUCAUCAAGCAAGUAAAACUGCAGUAAAUUCCACAGCGGAACCGGACAAAGCGGGCGUCUGCAAGGACAGCUGGGCGAGCAAAGGUGAUGGUUUGCAGCGGCGGGCAUCUCAGAAAGAGCUGCGGAAAACUUUUGCUAGGUCCAAAGCCAUCAACGCCAACAGGACGUACGAUGAACACGUUAAUUCCCGGUCUCAGGAACCCCUUACUAGCAUGAGGAGACGGGCUUUACUGAGGAAAGCUAGCUCCCUGCCUCCCACUACGGCUCACAUUCUAAGCGCGCUGCUGGAAUCACGGGUGAACAUUCCUCAGUAUCCGUCCACAGCAGUAGAUUAUAAAUAUUACCUCAAAGAACACAACGAGAGAGAGUUUUUCCUGGAAUUGGUGAAGGACAUAUCCAAUGACUUGGAUUUAACGAGUCUCAGUUACAAAAUCCUGGUGUUUGUGUGUAUUAUGGUCGACGCUGACCGUUGCUCGUUAUUCCUGGUGGAGGGCACAGCGAAUAAGAAAACGCUGGUAUCGAAAUUCUUUGAUGUUCACGCCGGGACCACGGUACUACCGUCUUUGAGUAACUCCGAUGAAGUUCAGGUACCGUGGGGAAAAGGAAUAAUUGGUUACGUAGCUGAGCAUGGGGAGACUGUCAAUAUCCCCGAUGCCUAUCAGGACCACCGUUUCAGUGAUGAGAUUGACAAACUGACUGGGUACAAGACCAAGUCUCUGCUGUGCAUGCCCAUUCGCAACAGUGAUGGAGAGAUCAUAGGAGUGGCCCAGGCGAUCAACAAAACCACAGGAGGAGCCCUCUUCACCGAGGACGAUGAGAAGGUUCUCCAGAUGUAUCUGCCGUUCUGUGGCAUUGCCAUAUCCAACGCCCAGCUCUUUGCUGCCUCCAGGAAGGAGUACGACAGAAGCAGGGCUCUUUUGGAGGUGGUGAACGACCUGUUUGAGGAGCAGACUGAUCUGGAGAAGAUCGUGAGGAAGAUCAUGCAUCGUGCUCAGACUCUGCUCAAGUGUGAACGCUGUUCAGUGCAGCUCCUGGAGGACAUAGAGUCUCCGGUGGUGAAAUUCACCAAAUCGUUUGAGCUGCUGUCCCCAAAAUGCAGUGCUGACACUGAAAACAGUUUCAAAGACAGCAUGGAGAAGUCGUCCUACUCUGAUUGGCUGAUCAACAACAGCGUGGCAGAGCUCGUGGCGUCCACUGGCCUUCCCGUCAACAUCAGUGACGCGUACCAGGACCCACGCUUUGACGCAGAGGCAGACCAGUUCUCUGGGUUUCAUAUACGUUCUGUGCUAUGUGUGCCCAUCUGGAACAGCAACCAUCAGAUCAUCGGUGUAGCACAGGUGUUGAACAGAUUGGAUGGGAAGCCAUUUGAUGAUGCAGACCAGCGACUGUUUGAGGCCUUUGUGAUCUUCUGCGGUUUGGGCAUUAAUAACACCAUCAUGUACGACCAGGUGAAGAAGUCUUGGGCCAAGCAGUCCGUGGCUCUGGAUGUCCUUUCGUACCAUGCCACCUGCUCCAAGACUGAAGUGGAUAAAUUUAAGGCUGCUAACAUCCCACUAGUGUGUGAGUUGGGCAUUGAUAAGUUGUCCUUUGAUGACUUUUCUCUGGACGUGGAUGGAAUGAUAACUGCAGCUCUGCGUAUGUUUAUGGAACUGGGCAUGGUACAGAAAUUUAAGAUUGACUAUGAGACUCUGUGCAGAUGGUUGUUGACAGUGAGGAAGAACUACCGCAUGGUGCUCUAUCAUAACUGGAGACAUGCCUUCAACGUCUGUCAGUGCAUGUUUUCCAUGCUGACGACGGCGGGCUUCCAGGAGACGCUGACAGAGGUGGAAACUCUGGCUCUCAUAGUGGGCUGUAUCUGUCAUGACCUGGAUCACCGAGGAACCAACAACGCCUUCCAAGCCAAGACGGGCUCUGCUCUCUCUCUGCUGUAUGGAACCUCGGCGACUCUGGAGCAUCAUCAUUUUAACCAUGCUGUUAUGAUCCUGCAGAGUGAGGGACACAACAUCUUUUCCAACCUGUCGUCCAGGGAGUACGGAGACCUGAUGCAGCUGCUCAAACAGUCCAUCCUGGCCACCGAUCUCACCCUUUACUUUGAAAACAGAAGCAUAUUUUUUGAGCUGGUGAAUAAAGGUGAAUAUAACUGGAAUGUGAAGGAGCAUCGAGACAUGUGCAGGUCCAUGCUGAUGACAGCCUGUGAUUUAGGAGCAGUGACCAAACCUUGGGAAAUAUCAUUCAAGGUGGCAGAGCUGGUCACUAAUGAGUUUUUUGAGCAGGGGGACAGAGAGAGAUCUGAGCUGAAACUGACUCCCUCUGCUAUAUUUGAUAGGAACAGGAAGGACGAGUUGCCCAGUCUGCAGCUAGAGUGGAUAGAUGGAAUCUGUGCUCCGCUGUAUGAGACACUGGUGAAACUCAACCCAAAACUCCAACCAAUGGUCGACAUGAUCCGGGCCAAUAGGGCAAAGUGGGAGGAGCUUCACUGUGAACGCCAGCGCACCCAAGAGGCGGUCACACCCAGCUGCAGCUGCAUGGGAGCUGUUGACAGUGAUGUGGCCAAAGCCGCCAGUUAG